GAGAGUGCGGCGAGAUUUCCCUUGUUUGAGAGAUGGCAAUGAUGCUGGAUCUAUUUGUUUCAAGAUGCAUUGAACAAGUGAUAGGCUUUGUUGAGGGAGAGAUAUGCAAAGUGCUGGGCGUGAAGAAGGAGAUCAAGACGCUGCAGGAGAAGCUGGAGAUGAUCAAAUGUUACCUCGAAAGUGCAGAGCGGAAAAGCCGUGGGGAUCCCGGCAUCGAGGCCUGGGUGAGGAAGCUGAAAGACAUCAUGUACGAUGCCGACGACAUCAUCGAUCUGUGCAUGAUGGACGGUGGCAAACUGUUGGAGGCUGGGGGAUCAGCAUCGGCUUCGGGGGAGAUGAAACCAAAGCAGAAUCUUUUGAGGAAGACAGCAGAGCAGAAAUGGAACCCAAACUUGCCUCACUCACUAAAAAUUGGACUACGAAGAUGUUUCGAGAUUUACCGUAAAAUUAGUAAUGGCGUGGUAGAACAUUGA